AGAACUAUAUCGGCCAGUACUGUGAGGAGGACAGCCCGUGUAGGAACAGUUUCUGUAUGAACGACGGCAAAUGUAGCGUCUAUUACGUCAACGGCGAGGCCAAGGCUCAGUGCGCAUGCCCAGUCGGUUUUGUGGGUAAGAUCUGUGACCUUGUAGACCAACGAAGCGCCUGCUCAAGAAACCCGUGCCUCAACGGCGGCAAGUGUAUCAUCGGGAACACCCUGGACAAGUUCACGUGCAGGUGCAUUGUGGGAUACCGAGGUGAGCUGUGCGGCCAAGAGGACCACUGCGCCUCCCAGCCGUGCCGGAACGGUGGCACCUGUUUCCCAAACGACACGGGCUUCGUCUGCGCCUGCCUGGCCGGGUACCGGGGCGUGACGUGUAUGGAUGACGUGGACGAGUGCUCUGAGGAUCCCAGGAUCUGCAAGAACCGAGGAACCUGCCGAAACAAAUACGGCAGCUACGAAUGUGUGUGUGCCCAGGAGUACACGGGCCCACAUUGUGAGGAUGUUUACAUCCCCUGCACCCCAUCACCCUGUCAAAACAACGGAACCUGCAGGAAGACGGGGCCCUACAACUACGAGUGCACCUGUCCCACAGGAUUCAGGGGCCGUAACUGUGAAGUGAACAUUGACGACUGCCAGCAUAACCGCUGCAACAAUGGAUCAACGUGUGUCGACAAAAUCAACGGCUAUGAAUGUGUCUGCCCCAGUUCGUACACAGGGCGCUACUGUGACGAGGACAUCGACGAGUGCGCACUCAACCCGCGCAUGUGCCUGAACGGCGGCACCUGCAUGAACAGCCCGGGCACCUACAUGUGCGUGUGCGUCAACGGCUGGGCGGGGGUGCACUGCGGGCACAACGAGGACGAUUGCUACAACAACCCCUGCUACAAUGGCGGCACCUGCCACGACAGGGUCGGAUACUUCGAGUGUGAAUGUCCGCUGGGCAAGACCGGGCUUCGAUGUCACCUGGAGGACGCCUGUCAGAGCAACCCCUGCCACUCGGGCGCCAACUGUGAGACCUCGCCCAUCGACGGGGAGCCGAUCUGUGACUGCAAGAAGGGCUGGAGGGGGCUGGACUGCUCGCUUGACGUGGAUGAAUGCAAGGAGACCGAGGACAGCCCGUGUGAGCAUGGAGGGACCUGCAUCAACACGAACGGAUCCUUUCACUGCCAAUGCCCCAUGGGAUUUACAGGAAGCUUCUGCGAGAGGAACAUCAACGAGUGUAACAGCAACCCGUGCCAGAACGACGGGACCUGUUUGGAUGAAACUGGGAAAUACAGCUGUCUCUGUAUGCCAGGCUACACCGGCACCAACUGUGAGACAGAGGUAGACGAGUGCAACACAAAGACAGGCAACCCUUGCUUCAAUGGAGGAGUGUGUCAGGACCACAUCAACAGAUACAGUUGUACCUGUCCAGCAGGUUUUGAAGGACCACGUUGUGAGGUAGACAUCAAUGAAUGUGACAGCUCUCCUUGUCGUAAUGGUGGCACAUGUGUUGACAGCAUCAACAGCUACAAGUGUAUGUGCAAGAUAGGCUACAGUGGUAUCAACUGCACUGUAAACAAGAAUGACUGUGAAGGUGUCAACUGUCGCCAUGGUGACUGUGUUGAUGGCUUGGACACAUACACCUGUGUGUGUAAACCUGGCUACACAGGUGGCCUCUGUGAUGUGGCCAUCAAUGAGUGCGCAUCCAAUCCCUGCAAGUAUGGCGGCACCUGCAUGGACCUGGAAAAUGGAUACGAAUGCAGGUGUCUUUUGGGAACCUCAGGUCAUGACUGCAGCAUCAAUUUCGACGACUGUGCCUCAAAUCCCUGCAGAAACGGAGCCUCAUGCCAGGAUGGCAUUGAUAGUUUUAGUUGCCUCUGUAAGGCAGGAUUCACAGGUCCUAUAUGUAGUAUUGACAUUGACGACUGUAAAUCAAAUCCUUGUCAAAAUGGUGGUGUUUGCACAGACCUUGAAAAUGAUUUUAAAUGCACCUGCCCACCUGGAUAUAAGGACAAAAUCUGCGUCUCAACUACAAAUUCCUGUGAAUCUAAUCCUUGCACAAACGGAGGCCGAUGUAUCAAUGGCUUCAACAGGUUUGAUUGUGAGUGUCCCCAAGGCUACACUGGCAAUCGGUGCCAGAACCAGAUAAAUGAGUGCCUGUCAAACCCAUGUCAGCAUGAAGGCAUCUGCCAGGAUUUCCUCAACUAUUACACAUGCACAUGUAAAGAAGGCUUCACAGGCAAGAACUGUGAGACCAACAUCAACGAGUGUGCCAGCAACCCAUGCCAGAAUGGCUACUGCAUUGAUCUGGUCAAUGACUACCAGUGCCACUGCAAUGCCCCCUACUCUGGGAGAAACUGUGAGCUCAAGAUGGACCCAUGUAGCAGUAACCCAUGCCAGAACAAUGCCCAGUGUAUGCCCCAGAACAGCUUUCAGUCAUUGUAUAAGUGCAUAUGCCCCAAUGGAUAUACAGGAAACUUGUGUCAACAGGAUAUUGAUGAAUGUUCUCACUCCAACCCAUGCCGCAAUGGUGGAACUUGUGGCAACACUCUAGGCUCCUACAGCUGUUCCUGUGCGCCUGGCUAUGAGGGACGCCAGUGUGAAAUCAACCAUGAUGACUGUGAACCAAAUCCUUGCUUCAACGGAGGCACAUGUCUAGAUGGAGUGAAUACCUACACAUGUAACUGUGUCAGUGGUUUUGGUGGCAAGCACUGCCAGAAUGACAUUGAUGAGUGCGCCUCUAACCCAUGCGUCAACAAUGGCACAUGCAGAGAUUAUGUGGACUCUUAUACUUGCACCUGUAAGCCAGGUUUCAGUGGAGUCCACUGCCAAAUUAAUGACAAUGAUUGUACAAGAAGCUCAUGUUUGAAUCAGGGUACAUGCAUUGAUUUAGUCAGUGGCUACAAUUGUUUAUGUGCUCCUGGAUACACCGGCAGCAAUUGCCAGAACCACAUCAACCCUUGCGACUCCAACCCAUGUAUCAACGGGGCCUCGUGUUUUAACCAAGGGAGCAGCUACCACUGUGUUUGUCCUUAUGGGUUCACAGGUGCUAGGUGUGAGAGCUUCACUGACUGGUGCAGCCAAACGCCCUGUCAGAACAACGGUACCUGCAAUCAGUAUGCCAACAACUUCCAGUGUGAUUGCCGUGCAGGAUGGACGGGCAAGCUGUGUGACGUCCAGUUUGUCAACUGUGAGACCGCAGCCAAAAUUAAAGGUGUGAAGGUGUCAGAUCUCUGCCAAAAUGGUGGCACUUGCAGCAACACCUCCAACUCACACACCUGCACAUGCAGGAAGGGAUACGAGGGGUCCUACUGUGAGACUGACACCAACGAGUGUCUGUCAGCCCCAUGUCAGAACGGUGCCACAUGCACUGACCAGAUUGGCAAAUAUUCCUGCCAGUGCGAGAGAGGUUUCCAGGGCCAAAACUGUGAACUGAAUGUGGACGACUGCGCCAACCAGCCUUGUUCCAAUGGUGGCAUCUGUCAUGAUCUUAUCAACAACUUCCAAUGCUCCUGCCCACCAGGAACUGCAGGGUACCUGUGUGAAGUUAAUGACAAUGACUGUGUGAUAGGAUUAUGCCAUAACGGAGGGACAUGUGUUGAUAAGGUUGGUGGCUAUGAGUGUGUGUGUCCACCCGGAUUUGUGGGAAAUCGCUGUGAGGGAGAUGUCAAUGAAUGCCUGUCCAACCCGUGUGACCCGUAUGGGACCCAAGACUGCAUCCAACUCAACAACAGCUACAGGUGUGACUGCAAAGCAGGCUGGAUAGGUCGUACAUGCAACAUGAGAGUAAUGUGUGACAAAAGCCCUUGUGAAAAUGGAGGGAUUUGCAGGGAUUCCAACUUUGGGGCUAUUUGCACCUGCAAAGGGGGUUAUUCUGGAGAGUUCUGUCAAAUCAAGCCAUCAGACUGUGAUCCAAAUCCAUGCAAGAACAACGGCAAGUGUGCUGUUACAGCCUCUGGUUACACGUGCACUUGUCAGACUGGCACCAUGGGAGUCAACUGUGAGAAAGACAAUUAUGAUGCCUGCCAGGCUAAGCCUUGUAGAAACGGAGGCACUUGUCAGGAUAAUAUCGAUGGGUAUGAAUGUUAUUGCCCCCGAACAUGGAAUGGCCUCAAGUGUGAUAAGUAUGAUCAGAACUUCCCUGGUGGUGUUGGGACUACUGCCCCUCCCAUGGACACUUUAUCCAAAAUUUGUGUUGACAACAACUGCAAAGACAAGGCAAACAAUGGAGUUUGUGAUCUUGAAUGUAACACUUUUGACUGUGGUUACGACAACACUGAAUGCUCUUACGGCACUAAGCCAUUUGAAAACUGUACUCAGAAAACAGCAAGCGGCAGAUAUUGUUAUCAAGUGUUCAAGAAUGGUAACUGUGAUCCUGAAUGCGCUAACGAGCAGUGCUUGUAUGAUGGGUUUGACUGCAAGCCAAUUGCAGGAUGCCUGCAUGAGAAAUAUUGUAAGGAGAGGUACAAGAACAACAUCUGUGAUGAAGGCUGCAAUACUGAAGAAUGCAACUGGGAUGGUCUUGACUGUGACAAAGGUGUUGAGCAGCUUGUCCAUGGUACGUUGUACAUCAUUGUGCUCAUCAAACCUGAAGAGUUCUCUGAUAUCAAGCAGGACUUCCUACUCAAACUCAGCCUCCUCUUGCGUGCCAUGGUCAAAAUAAAAAAGAGCAGCUCAGGUGUGGAAAUGAUUUUUCCCUGGUCUGAAGAAAUGCCUGAAGUCCAAAAUCAAAGACGUAAAAGAUGGACAUCCUCUGUUCUGGACUUUAAUGGCUUCAGAAAUAAAAGAUCAGUAAUAACUGGCACAAAGAUAUUCCUGGAAAUAGACAACAGAGCUUGCACCAAGUUUGAAAACAUGGGAUGCUUCAACAGCACCGAGAUCAUUGCUCAGUUCAUAGCAGAGAAUGUACGAUGCUGCGUAGACAUGGGUGUAGCUAUUCAGCAGAUUGGCACUCAAACUGACCAACAAGUGGAUGGUAGCUCAAAUACAAACAUUAUAAUUGCCAUCGUUUUGGUUGCUGUUGGAGUCGCAGUUCUCGUCAUUAUCAUUUUUGGUGUGGUCAAAAGGAAGCGUAUAGUUCGUGGAACCACUUGGUUUCCUCAUGGGUUCCACACCACAGAUGUCAAGCCUGGACGCAACAGGAAAGGUCCAGAUGGGGAAGAGAUGCAUGAUAAACUUGAUAAAGAUAAAAUUGAUGCCAAUGACAACCACACCUCCCCACCCCCAAGCAUUGAGUACUGGACUGAUGAUAUUGAUGAUGAUCGACCACAGGUUAAGAGACCAAGGAUUGAAUAUGGAGUCACUUCAGACACACGUCAAUGGACAGUGAAACACCUGGAUGCUGCCAAUGUUUCUCGCUUUGCCCUGACCUUGACCCCACCUCAAGGAGAAGAACCUCCCCAACCAGAUGUCAAUGUCAGAGGCCCAGAUGGCUACACACCUCUCAUGUUGGCCUCUAUACGAGGUGGAGGACUAGGUGACGAUGAUGAAAGCAACUCCGGCUCAGUGUCCACUGAAGGUGGAGACAGCGACAACAACACCUCUGUUGAUGUCAUUUCCAGUCUUCUCCUCCAAGGGGCGGCUAUUAAUGCCCAAACAGACCGAACAGGUGAGACUUCACUUCACCUGGCAGCACGUUAUGCCAGAGCUGAUGCGGCUAAAGUCCUCCUGGAUGCUGGAGCUGACCCUAAUGCAGAAGACAACACAGGUAGAACACCCCUUCACACGGCGGUUGCUGCUGAUGCUCAAGGUGUUUUCCAGAUUCUACUAAGAAAUAGAUCGACCAAUUUAAAUGCUCGCAUGCAGUGCGGAACAACCCCUCUGAUCCUUGCUUGUAGAUUAGCCAUAGAAGACACAGUAGAGGAAUUAAUUGCAGCAGAUGCUGAUAUUGAGGCUGUGGACAAUCAAGGUCGUACUGCACUACACUGGGCAGCAGCUGUCAACAAUGUUGAUGCUGUCAUGAUUUUACUGAAGAAUAAUGCCAAUAGGGAUGUUCAGGAUGCCAAGGAGGAAACCCCACUAUUUCUGGCAUCAAGAGAGGGAGGGCAUGAGACCGUCAAAGUCCUGUUGGACCAUUUCGCCAACCGCGACAUGACAGACCACAUGGACAGGCUACCUCGAGACAUUGCCCUAGAGCGUCGUCACAUGGACAUCGUAGAGCUGCUGGACAACUACAAACUUGGCCCUAACGCCAUCAACCACAUGCAGGGGGGCAUGACCUCCCCCAACAACCACCCAGGUGGGGGCUACAUCCACCCAACCAAACAAACUAAAUCCAAAAGCAGGAAGAAAAACACAGCAGUCAAAUACCCCAACUCAAUCUCCCCGCCCAGCGGGGGAGUCGGGGUGCCCAUCACAAAUGGGAAAACCCCCAAGCCAAGGAAGAAAAAGGGUGAUGGGGAGAGCGCAGCAAAUAAAAAGAACCAGCAGCAGCAGCUUUCUUCAUCGUCAUCCCCAUCAUCAAUCCAAACACAGGCGAGGCAUCAGUCCAAUAGCGAAUCAUCCCCCAUGAGUACUAUCUCCCCCGCCAGUGUUUCAUUGGAGUCGCACCUCUCCCCCCCUGGGUACGAGACGUCUCCGUACGACCACUCCACCCUAGUGUUGCCUAGUGACAUUGGCAGGCAUGCUAUGGAUGACUUCCAGGCAAUGGCUGGCCACUACAACUCCCAGAAUCUACUAGACCAAGGCGUCUUGGACUCUCUAAUCAAUAACUGGAACCUGCCUCCAUACAAGCAGCAGAUGCCACAGCAACACAUGCAGCAAAACACCUGUGGCACUACCAUACAGAACGGGCAUCUAAGCUCGUCUGGCGGCGGCAACUCCCCCGGCCUACAAAACGGGGCCGUUGUUGGCAAGAAUGCUGAGGUCAUUGGGUCAGUCGGUCACUUACCGAGACCAACAGUCAAGUCUAGCAAGUCGUCUAAAAAUCUACCCAUGUCUCCGACGCACAUGCAGGCGAUGCAGCAGCAUGCCCAGCAGAGGGCCUCGCACGUGAGCCCCCACCACAGGGCGGACUACCCCACGUCAUUCCACCCAGAUGGGAUUAAACAGCAGCCUGCGCAACAGACUGUAUUCUCCACAGGUCUCCAGCAGCACAAGAUGGCCCACCAACAGCUACAGCAGCAGACGCUCCAGCAGGUCCCCCAGCAGACGGCAGGGUACGCUCUGACUUUUGAACAGUACCCCACCCCACCUUCCCACAACAGCCAGCACAUCACAGACUCCCCUCCACACCAGCACAAUCUAAGCUCAUUCCGACCGGACCAUCUUCUAACACCGUCACCAGACUCCCCUGGACACUGGUCAAGCUCAUCGCCCCACUCUGCUCAUUCGGACUGGUCUGAGGGCAUCACCAGCCCAGUAACGGGACAUUUCUAUGUUUAGUAGACCUGGAGAAUUGUUUCCAUCACACCUUUUAAGUGUUUCGUUUUUGUUUCAAGGUGUCAUGGAUUUGCCUGUGGUUGUAUUAACUGAACUAAAAGUGCUGCAUCUGAGGCUAACAAUUAUGACUGCAACAAAUCUGUGUUAGUGACACAAUGUGUAUAUUGAUAGUUUUCAUUCAUUGCGUUUCACAACUUGAAUUAAUACAAGCUAAAGAAGUAUUUACAGUGGUAUCUAUCAACACAAGGUAUACGUUAUUUUAUAUUCCUUCAUAUGUUAAAUACAUAAAGGUAAAAAAAAAAUGUUAAGUUAAAGCUUACUUCAUCAUUGAAAUGAUUUGUUUUUUCUUCUUUCAAUCAUAGAGGUAAU